AUGAGAUAUUCAACUACUCUAUUGCCCCUCGCGGCCACAGCCGCCGCCUUCGUGAUACCCGAUGAAGCCACCUCUCAGCAGCUCGUCUUAGAGCCUGAGCAGCAGGCAGAGAAGCCCGUAUCAUCAUCAUGGUGGGACCGCACCCACAACCUCAACGACUUCCUCUCGUCUGCAGAGAGCACUUUCGAGACUGCCCUCGAUGCUCUCGAGAAGCAGGCCAGCAAGCUGAGCAGCUCGCUCCCCAAAGUGGAGUUCGAAGUCGGAUCCGAGAUUACCAAUUUCCUCGCCCCGUCCGACUACGCCGUCCCGGGGCACGGACAUUGGCAUGUCACAAAUCUGACAGUGUAUCAAUCCAUUAAGGCGUCGAACUACAGCAAGAAGUUCGCGGCUCUGGUUGAUGAACACCCGGAUAUAGUUAAGAAGCUGAACAGCACUUCGGCUAACAUCACCGCCUUCAUCCCCACUGAUCACGCUUUCGAAAAGAUCCCCCACGAUGACAAGGAUCAUAAGCCGCCUAAGGAGUUCCUCGAGAAGUUGAUCAAGUACCACGUUGUUCCCGACUUCUACCCCGCUGGUCGCGUGCUCGCUCACCACACCCUACCGACUGCCUUGGAAGAGGAAUCGCUCGGUGGCCGCCCUCAGCGACUACGGGUUAGUGUCGGGUUAUUCGGCGUCAAGCUGAACUUCUUCAGCAAGAUCGUCUACGCAAACUUGCACACAUCCAACGGCGUCCUCCACGGCGUUGACAACAUCCUCGUCCCGCCACCCCCAGCCAAGACAUUAAUCUCUCUCUUCCCAACCAAAUUCUCCACUCUCGAGCUCGCCGCCGAGAAGACAGGGCUCAAGCGUCACGGCGACUCCCACCACGAGCUGACCGGCCUAACCGUCUUCGCACCCACCAACACGGCCUUCCAGCGUCUCGGCCCCGGCGCCAACGCCUUCCUGUUCAAUACCGAGAAGGGCCUGCAUUACCUGCGCGCGCUUCUCGCGUACCACAUCGUAGCCAACGAGACGCUAUACUCGGACGCGUAUUACGGACCUAAGGCCGCGGGCUUCGCGCCGAGUCUGGAUUUAGCGUAUAACGCCGACGCUGACACAGCCGAAGAGGAAGACGGCGCUGAGACGAAGGGCGCUAAGCACUACCAUCUUGACCUCCCGACCCUGCUUGAUGACGCGCAUCUUGCGGUGGAUAUCUCGCGCUGGUUUGGGUUCAUUACUAUUAAAGUUAACGGACACGUCGAUGUCGCGAUCCAAGAUGGUCUUGCCCGCAAUGGGGUGUUGCAGGUUGUUGAUCACAUCUUGAUUCCGCCGCACAAUCACAAGGGUGCCUGGAAUGGAGAGGUCGAGGGUGAGAUUAGUGUUGAGGAGUUGGUUGAGAGGUUGGAGCCUUUUAUUAAGAAGGAUAUUGGCAAGGGUGAGACUGGAGAGGAGGGUAUUGGUGAGUUGUAA